GAUCCCCGGCGGCGAGCGCGCCAUGGAGACGGGGUGUUGGUGGCUGGGCGGCGAGUUCGAGGACUCGGUGUUCGAAGAGAGGCGGGAGCGGCGGCCCGGACCGCCGGCGUCCUACCGCGUCAAGCGCUGCGAGCCGCAGUGGUUUUAUGGAGAAACAGAGAGCAGUGAUGAUGUUGAAGCUCUAACUUUGAAGAAAUUCAAAGGGGACCUCGCCUACAGACGGCAAGAGUAUCAGAAAGCACUGCAAGAGUAUUCCAGUAUCUCUGAAAAAUUGCCAUCUACGAAUUUUGCCAUGAAAAGGGAUGUCCAGGAAGGCCAGGUUCGGUGUCUGGUUCACCUGGGAAGGCACACAGAAGCACUGGAGAUUGCUACAAACUUGGAAAAUAAAGCAACUAACACAGACCAUUUAACCACCGUGCUCUACCUUCAGUUGGCGAUUUGUUCAAGUCUGCCGAACUUGGAGAAAACAGUUCUCUGCCUACAGAAACUAAUUUCUUUGCAUCCUUUUGAUCCUUGGAGCUGGGGCAAAUUGGCAGAGGCUUACCUGAAUCUGGGGCCAGCUCUGUCAGCAUUGUGUGCGCCAUCUCAGAAACAGAACAGUUUCACCUCCAGUGACAAAACUAUGAAAUCCUCCUUUCCACACUCAGGAAAAGACUGUCUUUUGUGUUUUCCUGAAACGUUGCCUGAGAGCUCUGUGUUUUCUGUGGAAGCAAGCAGUAGUAAUAACCAGAAGAAUGAGAAAGCUUUGAAAAAUAUUCAAAACUGCAUGGCAGAAAAGAGAGAAGCAGAGUUGCUAGAGACUCAGAUGAAAGCAUGCGCCUCUUUUAUACGAACCAGGCUCUUGCUUCAGCUCACCCAGCCUCAGCAAACAUCGUUUGCUUUGGAGAGGAACUUAAGGACUCAGCAGGAAAUUGAAGAUAAAAUGAAAGGGUUCAGCUUCAAAGAAGACACUUUGCUGUUGAUAGCUGAGGUUAUGGGAGAAGAUAUCGUCCCAGAAAAAAUAAAAGAUGAGGUUCACACAGAGGUGAAGUGUGUUGGCUCUACAGCCCUGACCGCCUUGGUGAUUGCAUCUUCGAAAGAAUUUGAAGACAAGUGGUUCAGAAAGAUCAAAGACCACUUCUGUCCCUUUGAAAAUCAGUUCCAUACAGAGAUACAAAUCUUGGCUUAGUGGUCCCUUUAAAAACAAAAGAAAACAUCCUGUACUGUUUUAAUUGUUCUUGUUUAUUUCAUACAGAGUCCACUGCUAAUCAUGGAAUAUAGUGAAUUUAAAAAUGAUUAUUUGUGUUUUAUAAAAACAGCUUCUCUUCCAGAUUAUUUCUACUGUGUUCAGUUUCUUGAUUUUUUGUUUUGUUUUCUUUAUAGAUUUUUGCCAUUCACUGAUCUUAGACCUACUAUCCCUU